AUGAAGCUCGACCAGUUCCUCGCCAUGGAGGUGGGCAGCGACCAGGACGGACUCAUCGACCUGCGCGGACUUGAGUACAUCUCUGACUAUGAUGACCAUCUCAUGUGUCCAAUAUGCCACUGCCCUUUCAUCCGGCCAGUGCGCCUGGGAUGCGACCAUGUGUUCUGCCAGACGUGCUUGAACUUUGCUAUCAGAACUUUUGCUCCCGGCCGAGACGACUUCACCUGUCCCACAUGCCGCACUCCUACACGGGAUGUCUAUCUCAACGUUCCCCGACUCUUGAACAACAUGUGCGAUGAUCUUCCGGUGCGGUGUCCGUUUUCGCCUGAAGGAUGCAAGGAGGUUGUUCCGAGGGGCCAUAUCCAGUCCCAUGCAGACAAGUACUGCAGAUAUAAGUUGAUGGACUGCCCGAGUCCUUCCUGCGAUGAGAAAACUCGCAAGAAGGACCUUAGUCCGGAGAAUAAAUGUAUGCAUGAACUCCACAAAUGUCUGCGCUGCGACGCGGAUAUCAUGGAGCAGGAUUAUGAGGUAACCGUCUUUCGAAAAGCGCUCCGAGAACAUAUCGAUUCCUGCCCUGAAGCGGUUCACCCUUGCGCCGCAUCCAAAUACGGUUGUUCCAUCAGAAUGAAGCGUGCAGAACUAGGAACUCACGAGCAGAGUUGUCCUCUUAUCUCAAUAGGCCCGUACUUCGAAGCCCAAAAUGCCAGACUCGACUCGAUGGAACUUACAGUUCGCCACCUCCAACAGCGCAACGAAAUCCUCGACGACGGGCUCGCCUCCAUCCGCUCAACCCUCGUCGAAUCCUCACGCGCCUUUUCCGCCCACCAUAGCAAUAGCAAUAAUGACGAAACUGCAUCCUCUUCAUCGGCCGUCGCCGACACUACAAACCCGUCUAGUGCAAUUCCAACUGACGCCGAAGCGUCUACCAGCUCACUUACAAAUGCUACAACCUACCUCCUCUCCCUUCACGAAUCCCUCCGCGAAGAGGUCGCACAACUAUCACAUGCUAUCACAGAUCUCGACGCACGCGCAAGCAUGGCGAUCAUGAACGAAUGCCUCCGCCUCAAGGAGGAUAUGGCGCAUACAAAUGCUGCAGUGGGUAGCAUCCGCAUGCAGGUCCAAUGGCUUAUGAAUCCACGGCUACACCAAGGCCAGCGGACGCAGAACAAUAGUGAAGCGAGGGGCGGAACACAUUCGGCUGCCGGUGCAGGGGCGAGUUCGAGUAGUAGUGGGCCUGCCCCUGGUUACGGGUUACUGAGGCCACGGAGGUUAAGUGAUACAGGAAGGGAAGGGACGAAAUUGUGA